CAGAUUUUCCGCAAUAUUUCUUUGCUCUCGACUCUGAUUUCCGAUUCCAAUCGCUGAAUUGGAAUUAAAACAAACUUCAGUUUUAGAGGAUAUGGACAGCUUGUGGCGAGCUGUAACCGGUGGCCAGACCAGCGAUUACGGAGGCGUCGAGUUCUGGUCUAACCCGGAACGAACCGGGUGGCUCACGAAACAGGGAGAGUACAUCAAGACCUGGAGACGACGAUGGUUCGUGCUGAAACAAGGGAAACUAUUCUGGUUCAAGGACUCAGACGUCACGCGCGUGUCACGCCCUCGCGGCGUCGUCCCGGUCGCGUCGUGCCUAACCGUGAAGGGAGCAGAGGAUAUACUCAACAAGCAGAACGCGUUCGAGAUUUCGUUGAGAGCUGAGACUAUGUACUUCAUCGCCGAUUCUGACAAGGAGAAAGAAGACUGGAUCAACUCGAUCGGACGGUGCAUCGUGCAGCACUCGAGAUCCGUCACUGAUUCCGAGAUCGUCGAUUACGAUCACAAACGCUAGUUUCUCGGAUCAAUUCGAUGCGUUUGCCACAAAUUCUGUAAUUUUUGCUUAAAGCCGUGUGGGUAAUUUAUUGUGUGAAUUGUUAUUGUCUUUGUGUCUCAGUAUAAAAAGUUGUUCAGACAUAAAAGAUUGAUUUUCCAAAAGACAAAGGAUCUCAUAAAACAACAAACGCUAUAUAUGAAUUCAGAUCUAGUUUCUGAGAGAGACUAUAAUGUUCAUCUUAUGAUGUUUAGCUUCGAGGAAGGGUUAUCCGUCUUCAUCGUCUCGAGCUUCUUGGAGGCCUUGUCAAUGGAGGAUUUCAGGGAUUUGUAGGAGCUCGUGCGGUAGAUUAGGAUCCACGAGAUUGCUUCGCAGACCAACGCCGUGCAGAAGGAUAUUCCGACGACGGUGAGACUAUCGACGUAAUUGAAAGAGGCGAAGAGCGGAAUUUGCGCAAACACGGACCUGAUUUCGUCUCUCUUUCUCUCUCUCCGCUCUUCUCUACGAGCAAAAUCUGAAGCUCAGAGAUACUGUAGUUUUUGAUUUUGAAAUA